AUUAUCCGAGUAGAACAGGAAGAACAUUCCAGAAGCGUCCUUUCCCGAAUAAUAUAUACGGUGAUAGGGUGCGGAUUCGUCACUCACGUUGCGAAUCGUCGUGUGGAGAACUUCUUCACUAUCCUUCGAGAAAUUUUUAAUAUUCGGAAACAAAGAAAAGAAAUAAGAGGAAACUAAAAUGGCCAAAGCACCCGCAGUUGGUAUUGAUCUUGGCACAACCUACUCUUGCGUUGGUGUAUUCCAACACGGAAAGGUUGAAAUCAUCGCCAAUGAUCAAGGAAAUCGUACUACGCCCAGUUAUGUUGCAUUUACCGACACCGAGCGUCUCAUCGGAGAUGCUGCUAAGAAUCAAGUUGCUAUGAACCCGAACAAUACCAUCUUUGAUGCUAAAAGACUGAUUGGGCGCCGUUUCGAAGACCCCAUUGUCCAGACCGAUAUGAAGCACUGGCCAUUCACGGUUGUGAAUGAAGGCGGCAAACCCAAAAUUCAAGUUCAAUACAAAGGAGAGACGAAGACUUUCUUCCCAGAAGAAGUAAGUUCCAUGGUCCUUGUGAAGAUGAAGGAAACUGCAGAGGCAUAUUUAGGAAAGAACGUCACCAAUGCUGUAAUCACAGUACCAGCUUACUUCAACGACUCGCAGCGUCAGGCAACCAAGGACGCUGGUACCAUCUCGGGCUUGAACGUAUUGCGUAUCAUCAACGAGCCCACCGCUGCCGCCAUUGCUUACGGUCUAGACAAAAAAGCAUCGGGCGAGCGUAACGUCCUUAUUUUCGAUCUUGGCGGUGGCACCUUCGAUGUCUCCAUUCUGACGAUCGAAGAUGGCAUCUUCGAGGUCAAGUCCACGGCAGGUGACACUCAUCUUGGCGGUGAAGAUUUCGACAAUCGUAUGGUCAACCAUUUCGUUCAAGAAUUCAAGCGCAAAUAUAAAAAAGAUCUUACUUCCAACAAGCGUGCAUUACGCCGUCUCCGUACAGCUUGUGAAAGAGCGAAGCGUACUCUUUCAUCAUCGACCCAAGCAAGUAUCGAGAUCGAUUCCCUCUAUGAAGGUAUUGAUUUCUAUACUUCCAUAACGAGGGCGCGUUUCGAAGAACUCUGUGCGGAUCUCUUCAGGAGUACUCUCGAACCAGUUGAAAAAUCAUUGCGCGAUGCCAAGAUGGACAAGGCUCAAAUUCAUGACAUCGUCCUCGUCGGUGGUUCCACGCGUAUUCCGAAAAUUCAAAAACUUUUACAAGACUUCUUCAACGGCAAGGAACUGAACAAAUCGAUCAAUCCCGACGAGGCCGUAGCCUACGGUGCGGCCGUACAAGCUGCCAUCCUUCAUGGUGACAAGUCCGAGGAGGUUCAAGAUCUUUUGCUCCUUGACGUUACUCCAUUGUCCCUUGGUAUCGAAACCGCUGGCGGUGUCAUGACGGCGCUUAUCAAGAGAAAUACAACUAUUCCAACCAAGCAAACGCAAACAUUUACUACUUAUGCCGACAAUCAACCUGGCGUAUUAAUUCAGGUAUACGAGGGUGAACGUGCUAUGACCAAGGACAACAAUCUCUUGGGUAAAUUCGAACUUAGUGGAAUUCCACCGGCACCACGAGGUGUACCGCAGAUCGAAGUUACCUUCGAUAUCGAUGCCAACGGUAUCCUUAAUGUUUCUGCCGUGGACAAAUCUACUGGCAAGGAGAAUAAAAUCACCAUUACUAACGAUAAGGGACGCCUUAGUAAGGAAGACAUCGAGAGAAUGGUUAAUGAAGCUGAGAAAUAUCGUAGCGAAGAUGAAAAACAGAAGGAGACCAUUGCUGCUAAAAACAGUCUUGAGUCUUACUGCUUUAACAUCAAGAGUACUGCGGAGGAUGAAAAGCUCAAAGAUAAGAUCAGCGCCAGUGACAAACAACUUGUCCUAGACAAAUGCAAUGAGAUCAUUAAAUGGCUCGACGCUAAUCAGCUGGCUGAUAAGGAGGAAUACGAGCAUAAGCAGAAGGAACUGGAGUCUAUCUGCAAUCCCAUCAUCACGAAAUUGUACCAAGGAGCAGGCGGUAUGCCAGGUGGUGGUUUCCCUGGUGCUGGCGGUGCUGCUCCUGGUGGAGCUCCUGGUGGUGGUAGCGCUUCUGGACCUACCAUCGAGGAAGUUGAUUAAAGGAAAUUUUGUUCCCUCUUGCCACUGCCCUCUCUUAUUGUACUUGAAUAAAAGGACAUAGAACGAUUACAAGCAGCUUUUUUUUUUUUUCUUUUCUAAUAUUCUUCGAUAAACUGUAAAAUCUUUCAGUUCCUGUUAUUUUUUUUUUUUCUCUCCACAUAUACUUACUAUUUUAUUUAUUUAUUUAUUCUGCAAGUACUAAGGUGAUAUAUUGCAUUAAUUUGUACAGUAUUCUUACAAAGAUAUUUUAUGCUGUAUUGUAAGGAAUAAGUCCGUAAGGAUUUGUUAAGUUUCUAUGUUCCGAAGAACUGCAUAAAUACAAAACAUUUCUGAAACCUA